UAGCUUUGCUCAACAACCCAUUAUUUAUUAUCAGAAUCCAUAUUCGCCAGUACGUAGUAGUGUGUUGGUUUGUUUCGGUUCAAAAAUGUGUGAUGGCGGAAUUCACCAUAUCUGUGAUAUUUGUUUCUCUGCUAUUUUCUCUCUCUUCUCUAACAGUAGAAUCCGAAGGGAACAUUAAUAGCUGUGAUUUGUUUGAUGGGAUUUGGGUGUACGAUGAAUCGUAUCCUCUGUAUGAAUCAUCGGACUGUGAUUUCAUAGAGAAACAGUUUGAUUGUUCUAACAAUGGUCGUCCUGAUAACUUCUAUCUUAAGUAUAGUUGGCAACCCUCGGCCUGCAAAUUACCAAGGUUCCAUGGUGAAGAUUUCUUGGAGAGGAUGAGAGGGAAAAGUAUAAUGUUUGUGGGAGAUUCUCUGAGUUUAAACCAAUGGCAGUCACUCACUUGCAUGCUUCAUAAAUCUGUUCCUCAGUCUCAGUACACCGAUGAUAGGACCGGACUUCUCUCCACCUUCACUUUCCCGGAGUAUGAUGUGAAGGUGGUGAUGAGUCGAAAUGUGUUUCUAGUGGAUGUGGUUGAUGAAAAUGGUGGUCGAGUACUGAAACUGGAUUCCAUACAAGCAGGCCAAUUCUGGAAACAGUUCGAUGUUUUGAUCUUCGAUUCUUGGCAUUGGUGGCUUCAUGCUGGUAGAAGGCAACCAUGGGAUUAUAUUCAAGAGGGAAAUCAAACACUGAAAGACAUGGAUCGUUUAGUAGCGUAUGAGAAAGCAUUGAAGACAUGGGCCAACUGGGUUGACAACAACGUUGAUCCUUCCAAAACUAGGGUUUUCUUUCAAGGUGUUUCUCCAGAUCAUAUGAAUGGAAAGGAUUGGGGAGCAGAAGGAACAAACACAUGUGUGGGAGAAGAGAGGCCAGGAGAGACAUAUGGAGGGGGAUCACACCCAGCAGAGUUGGUAGUACAGAAGGUUCUAGGAGAAAUGUCAAACCGUAAUUUAGUUUAUCUUCUCAAAAUCACCAAUCUCUCUCAACUCCGGAAGGACGGCCACCCGUCAAUCUACGGCUAUGGCGGCCGCCGAGGAAUCGACUGUACCCAUUGGUGCCUCCCCGGUGUUCCUGAUACUUGGAACCAACUCCUAUAUGCUGCUCUAAUCAACCAAGAUUAAUCACCAAAAACAUAAAUGAAUUCAAGUAUAUGAACUCACUAAAUGUUAAUUGAUUCGUGUUGUGACAGAGUUUCCAAUUCUAAACAAGGCGGAUCUUAUCCUACAUGCUGUUGUCUUUUUAUUUUAAGAUUAAUAUUAUUUGACAUUUUGUUUCAUUUAA